AUGAUGGUCGGUGGCGUUUUCGGGUGUUUCAUCACUCGACAGGGUCUGGAGGAGCUCCGGCGCUACGAGUACCGCGGGGGCGGCAGCACUCCCAUUGAUCGGUUGAUGAAUCCUUGGUGGGAUUACGUCGCGGGCAAACUUCCUCUUUGGCUCAGUCCGAACCUCCUGACCGUCUUCGGCUUCGGCUGCACUCUCUUGUGCAUGCUGCUGGUCAUGAGCUGGAUGCCCCACUUGAGAGAGGCCGCGCCCCGCUGGGUGUACUUCGCCAUGUGCCUCCUUCUCUUCGUCUACCAAACUCUGGACGCUGUUGACGGGAAGCAAGCGCGAAGAACAAAUUCGUCGACGCCUCUGGGGCAACUGUUUGACCACGGCUGCGACUCGUUCAGCACAGUAUUCGCUGUCUUCAUCAACGCCGCGACCGCGCGCAUGGGCGUCUGCAUGUUUUCCUACGUCCUCUUGGCCAUUCUGCAAAUGCAAAUGUUCAUCUAUUCGUGGUGGGAGAUCCACUUCCACGUUUAUCGCUGUCACACAGGCGUCACCGGCGUCACGGAGGGCCAGCUUGUCACGAUGGGUGUGAAUCUGCUCGGAGCUAUUUUCGGUCCUGACAUUUUUCUCCUCACCUUCGGCCAGUGCCUCGCCCUCACUUAUAGCUCAGCCGCUGCUUUCUUCCCCGACUGUCUGUUGAACACUCCGAUGCAGUACAUCAUAUCCUUCCCCUUCUACCUUCUUUUAACCUACAUGCUGGUGUCCGACAUCUUCAAUGGGUGCCGACUCGUCAACGACAAAGCGCUUGCCAUUCCGCAACUGAUUGGCUGCUUUUCGCACGUACUCUUCCAGUUCGCUUUCUUCUGCUCGGGUCUCAUGCAGACCCACCCUGCGGUGUGCUACUCCCUCAUCAUCAUUAAUUCGUCAAUCGUCGUCCUGCGCAUGAAUAUUGCAGCGACGUGCAGGCUGCGCUUCUACCCCGUUCAGUGGCCGGCGCUGCCGUUCUACGCGACGAGUCUCUACUUCUACUUGGCAUGUCCGAAUCCGUCUUCUCCGCUUGCGGCGGUUCUCUCCUCGCCGCUCUCUGAAGCGCAACAGGCGUACCAGCAGAAGCAUGUGAUUCCCUGGGUGUUGACUGCCGUAAGUCUCUGGAGUGUCUUCUACCUGUACGACUUCCUGCUCAGCACCAUCACAGCGAUAUGCAGUCACCUCGACAUCACAUGUUUCUGUGUGAACGCGAAGGAAGAGAAAGGGAAGGGAAGAGGCCGAGGACCCUCCGCAGGGUCGCCGAAGCUCGAGGGACUGCAAGGAGACAGUCCAGUCGCGGCGCGGGGAGGCACGAGCCCUAUGCAGACGAGGCGCCGAGCACAGGCCGCUGUGAAUGCUCAAGAGCUUAAUGCUCUCAAAAAGAGCUCCUAA